AAAAAAAACUCAAAUUCAAAAUUAUCCGAUCUGAUUCUAUGGCUGAGACAUUCAAGAUCCGAAAACUGGAGAUCUCCGAUAAGAGAAAAGGAUUCAUCGAGCUUCUAGGUCAACUAACCGUCACCGGAUCAGUAACAGACGAAGAAUUCGAUCGGCGAUUCGAAGAAAUCAGAUCGUAUGGUGACGACCACGUGAUCUGCGUGAUCGAAGAAGAAACUUCGGGAAAAAUCGCUGCUACGGGUAGUGUGAUGAUAGAGAAGAAGUUUCUGAGGAAUUGCGGUAAAGCUGGGCACAUUGAAGACGUUGUUGUGGAUUCAAGGUUUCGCGGGAAACAGCUGGGGAAGAAAGUUGUUGAGUUUCUUAUGGAUCAUUGCAAAUCAAUGGGUUGCUAUAAGGUGAUUCUAGAUUGUAGUGUGGAGAACAAAGUGUUCUAUGAGAAAUGUGGGAUGAGUAAUAAAUCGAUUCAAAUGUCUAAGUACUUCGAUUAAAC